AUAAAGGAAUCGCUGAUGUGCACGCCUGCUAUUGGCUCAAUCCCAGUAGCGUUUAAAUUCUCUUUCUCUUUCUCUAUCUUUCACUCUUUUUCUUCAUCUCUUCUCUCUUCCCUCUCUAGGGUUGCCUUCCUUCUCUCUCCUUUCCUCCUCCUUCCCGUUCGCCGGCCGGAAUCCUAUUUUCCGGCCAUAUUUCCGGCUGCCUGUAAUUCCCCUUCACCUUCCGAACUCAAUCAAUCUUUUCAAUUCGAAGCUGUUGCUAUCUUUUGCAGCGAUAUUGGAGCAGAGAGAGGGAAGAUGGCAAGUCAAAGCGGUGCCUCUAGAAGGAGUAUUUCGUCGUCGACGAGGAGAGCCUCUGAAUCAGGGGCGCCUCGAAAAUCAAUUUCCUCUUCGCGACCUUUGGCAUUGGCCGGAGAGCGGACUGUGAAAUCAUUGCGACUUACAAAGGCCCUGACAGUACCUGAAACAACAACUGUCUAUGAAGCUUGCCGUCGGAUGGCUGCCCGUAGAGUUGAUGCUCUAUUGCUAACUGAUUCUAAUGCUUUGCUCUGUGGAAUCCUCACAGACAAGGAUAUAGCAGCAAGAGUUAUUGCCAAAGAGAUUAAUCUUGAAGAGACACCAGUUUCCAAAGUCAUGACUAGGAAUCCGGUAUUUGUUCUUUCUGAAACUCUUGCUGCAGAAGCCCUCCAAAAGAUGGUGCAAGGGAAAUUCAGACAUUUACCUGUGGUGGAGAAUGGAGAAGUUUUGGCUUUACUAGACAUAGCAAAGUGUUUGCAUGAUGCCAUUGCCCGUAUGGAAAGGGCAGCUGAGAAAGGAAAAGCAAUUGCAGCAGCUGUUGAAGGAGUUGAAAAACACUGGGGAACAUCAGACUCCAAUACAUCAUUCAUUGAGACUCUGCGGGAGCAAAUAUUCAAGCCAUCAUUGUCCACAAUCAUUCCCGAGAAUUCAAAACUUGUAACAGUAUCACCAACAGAUUCAGUUCUGACAACAACAAAGAAGAUGGUUGAAUUUCGUGCAAGUUGUGCAGUUGUGACAGUUAAUGACAAACCUCGUGGCAUCUUUACUUCAAAAGAUAUUUUGUUGCGGGUAAUUGCACAAAAUCUUUCUCCAGAAUCAACCCCCGUUGAGAAGGUCAUGACUCCAAAUCCAGAAUGUGUCAUAAUUGAUACACCCAUUGUUGAUGCACUUCACACUAUGCAUGAUGGGAAAUUUUUGCAUCUUCCUGUGGUUGAUAGAGAUGGCAGUGUAGUUGCUGUGGUUGAUGUGAUUCAUGUCACUCAUGCUGCAGUGGCGACAGUAAGUCAGGUUGGGAAUAAUGAAGCUGCCACCACCUUGAUGCAAAGAUUUUGGGAUUCAGCCAUGGCCUUAACCCCAAAUGAUGAUGACGAUGAUACUCGAAGUGAGGGUUCGUUGAAAGUGGCUUCUGAGGGAGGAGAAACAGGGAGAUCCAUUCCUUAUCUUUCAUCAAGCAUUGCCAAUACAUUUUCCUUCAAAAUACAAGAUAAGAAGGGCAGAAUGCACAGAUUCACAUGUGAUACCCGGAGCAUGAUGGAGGUUAUAACUUCAAUCCUUCAGAGACUUGGUGAUGAUAUCGAUCCUAACAACAUACCCCAAAUUCUGUAUGAAGACGAAGAUCAUGAUAAAGUUGUAUUGGCUUCAGACAGUGAUCUUGCAGCAGCUGUGGAUCAUGCAAGGACAGCUGGUUUGAAGGGGUUGAAAUUGCAUUUGGACUACGCAGGACCACGUGAUAAUGUGAAAGGUUCUCGUUCAGGAAGUUAUGCUUAUUCAGAUGCAUGGGCUUCAGCAUAUAGUGCCGCCGCUGCUGGUGCUGCACUUGUUGCUGGCUUAGGCAUAUUAACGUACUUGAAGCGAGUUUGAUUAAAUGAAGAAACGAGUUAUGCCAGUGAAGAGGCCAAGCUGAAGUUAGCUUGAAUUUUGGAGGGGCGCACUGUCUGCUUGCCAUCUUUAUGUUCUGAAAUUUUGUACAACUACAUUUAUAUAUACGAGGAAAAGGUUAAAGCAUUUUUUUGCUCCUGCUUGUUAUUGUGCUUUCUGAAAAUUGGGAUGGUCAUCCCUUGCUGCUUGUAUACUUGUAAUUUUAGGAUUUGCAGCCUCAUCAACCCUGGAGACUGUGUACAAUAACAAACAGCUCUGUCCAUUUUUUCUGACAUCAUGAGUUCAUAAAAUCAAUCGACCAGGAUUGAAUUUAUUGGGUUAAUGAUCUUAUGUGAUCAGUGUUUAUAGUUUAUCAAUGAGAUUUGAGUGAUUUGUAUGGUGUGGUGCUGUGUUAUUAACAACCGACAAGAAUAAUGUGUAAUAAUGCAGAGUACAAAACGAGUAUA